CUCGUUUGGUAUCUAUGAUUUUAACGUAACGUUACGCUACCUAAAUGCAGCCGAAGAAAAGCAGGAGGUGUGUGAUCCGCAUGACUUGAGGAUUUUAUCCUAUUUGGGUUAAAUGGUUCUGUUAACGGACAGAAGGGAUGGCGGAGGAUCAUCUCCAGGAAAGGUUAAACCACUUAAACAUGCUAAAAGCGCCCAGAUCUGUCCCACUAUCUUUGAGGAAUCACCCGAUCGCGCGGGCGAUGACGAUUAUGAUGCAUAUCUUGGCUCGGUUGAGUUGGAUGAGGACUUCGAGGAGUUGGAUGACUUCUCUGAACUGCCGGAUACCAGGAGUAUCGUCUCAGAUGACUCCUUCUAUCCACCGGACGAUGACUUCUUUGACUCCGAGAGAACCUCUUCCCCGGAGAGUCCCGCUCCGCUGUCCUUUUUCCAAGCGUGCUGCAACAACAACGCGCUUAUAGUGAAACUCAUGAUUAGACAAGGUGUUACGGAGGAGGACGUCCAGGAGACGGACAAAAACAAAAGAACUGGACUAAUAGUGGCAUGCUACCAAGGGUAUGUGGAUGUGGUGACUGCUCUCUCCCAGUGUCCUGACCUGGAUGUAAACUGGCAGGACAAUGAGGGCAAUACAGCCCUCAGCACCGCUGCCCAGGCGGGUCAUAUCACAAUCACUAACUACCUACUCAACUACUUUCCCGGGCUUGACAUCGAGAAGAGGAACUGCUAUGGUUUCACCGCUCUGAUGAAAGCUGCUGUACAGGGUCGAGUGGAAUGUGUCAGAGCCCUGAUGCUGGCAGGAGCUGACGUAAAUGCCAGGGACAACGGGAGGAAGUUCACUGCGCGAGAGUGGGCCAUCUUCACAAGCCGCUAUGACACUGUGUUCGCCAUGACGCGGCUGAUGCAGCAGCCGCGUGCGGAGCAGUUCUGCGAAACCUAUCGGUCUGAGUGGCCCCUUCUACCUGCGCUGGUUACCAAAACUCAGACGCCCAAAAGCUGCAUUCAGAAAAUUUCACAGACACUGCGUGAGUUCUUUGACAUCAGCAAUGUCACUGCGGCUUCAGACGACGGGGUUCUGGAUCACAUGGUGCGCAUGACAACAGCGCUGGGGAGCCCGUUCAUUGCAACAGCAUGUCGAACUGUGUGUCCCGGCAGCCCGCCCUGUGUUGGAAAACGCUGUUACUCUGUUCCGGAGAUACUUAAAAAACAACGAAUCGAGCAGCUAAAAAGUCUGGGACCGGAGCGCCUCGAGAACUACAAACGUCCCUUUAAGAAUUCCCGCAUCCUGCUGGUGCCCAAAUCGAAAGAUCGUCGAGCAAGUCUGCAGCCCCAGGCCCAAUCAGAUGACUCCUCGUCUUCCUCGCUGGCCAUCCGCAGGGCCAGUCUGCAGCCCUUACACCUGCUGAGGAGGAGCAGCGUUAGGCCAGGUCUGGUGGUGCCCAAGCUGAGGAUUACCAAGGCCCCUACGCCAACCUACGUGCCGGAGAAAGUGCGGCGGAAAAGCAGCUGUAAAGAUGACCAGUUCCUCCAGAUACCAAAGUGGAGAUAUAAAGAACUGAAAGAGGAGCGAAAGAAAGCAGAGGAGGCGGAAAGGAAAAGACUAGAGGCCAUAACGAAGAGACAACUCACUACGGGCAAAAGGAAAUAAGUGUGUGGAAACAUACUGCUCACCAUUUAAUACUUGAAAUGCAAUUUUGAUAUUGGAUUCCAAAUUAUUCUAUUUAUUGUUGUUGUUUUUCUUUCUUUUUUUUUUUAAAAGAAGACUCCUAUUUACCCUGUUUAAAAUAUGAAUGAUUUAAAGUGAACAGCUCCUUUAAUUCCAUUUCAUGUGUUUGAGCAUCAGGAAAAGAUCCAACCAGAUCAGCUAAAAUGGGUACACUACUAAAACCAGAUGCCACUUUGUUUGCAUCCUUAAAAAAAAGAUUAUUUGACUUUUAGAGUUGUCCAUUGUCUCAGAUUGAGCAGUAGCAUUAUGAAUGUAUGUAUUUAACAUACUUUUUCAAUACCUAAUUUUAAAACUAUUUUUAUAAACAUUGUAGAUGUUGAUGGUCUUUUGGCUGCGCCAUGCCUGUAUUUGCACACAUUUCAAAGACAAAUGCUACAGACAAUCACCAGCAAGUAAUGAAAGAUGGAAAAAGAGGUAGUGAUAUCAUUGGAUUUUUUUCUGUGUGUGUAUUUUAAUAUUUAUUUAAACUACUAAAGCACUUUUAAGUUAAUUACUUCAACGACCAUGUUCUAAAAACUAUUACUGUUCAAGAAAAACAAUGUAUUAUAUUGUAGAAAAUGGUAUUUGCUACCAGAGUGGGGUAAGAUGUGUCAUGCUUGCACACUAAAUGAUUGGCUUUUGUGUAUCAAGGGCCAAACUUACACAGCUGCCUGUGAUGAGAGAUGCAUUUAAAAAAAAAAAAAGACUAAACAUUUCUCUGCAUGUCAAAUUAAAUAGUUCUACAUGUAAGUUCAAAUGAAAGCCAGCACAAUUUGAUACAGGUUUAAAAAUAUAUAUAAUUCACACUACUGUUUAGGGUGAGUGAGAUUUGUUUUAAAGAAAUUAAUAGAAAUAAAUUAAUAAUUUUAUGUAGCAAGGAUGCAUUAAAUUGAUCAGAAGUGACUGUGUGAAGACUUUUAUAAUGUAACAAAAGAUUUAUAUUUACAAGAAAUCAUUGCUUUUCUUAUGAACUUUGUAUUCAUCAAAGAAUCCGGAAAAAUAUGUAUCAAGGCUUCAGCACUGAUAAUAAAUGAAUCUUGAGCAGCAAAUCAGCGUAUUAUAAUGAUUUCUGAAGGAUCAUGCGACACUGAGUAAUAAGUGUCACAUAAUACUGUACAUUAGUAAAUUCCCCAACUCAUUCCUUCUCAGCUAAAACUUUAAAAGUGGCACAGCUUACCCCACUCUUCCUUAUGGUUUCUUCAAAGCUGGAAACAGUUAAUCCAAAAUUCAUAUCACAACAAAUCUCAGGUAUGAACGCUUCAAUAUGCAGAAUUACACAAUGUUUAAUUAAAUAAUUUGUAGUGAUAUCAGUUUGAAAUGUCUUCUCACUGAACAUCACGUCAUCUCAACAGCAACACUGUGCCUCGGUGUCCAACACACAGACCACACAAAACACACACAAGCAGUUGAUUUCAUAAAGAUGUGAUGACCAGCACUGACCUAAUGUCAGGUCACCCUGUUAUCUUAAAAUAACACUGUGUUUAAACUACUGUAGGUUGCACUAAGUAACUAACCAAAAGUAUUUGACCAGCAAUGCUUGGAAGAACAAUCUCAUUGUGAUUUUGGAAUAAAAACUGCUUUAUGAUAACAAA